AUGCCUGUUUCGGUUCCAUUCUUUACGAACCGUCAGCUAUCAAUCGCACUGACAGAACCAGUGGUCAUCUUACGGGGAAAUCCCAGAGAUCCUGUUACAAACAUCCUUCGAGGAGAAGUUGAAUUGGUUCUGACAAAGCCAAUGUCAGCUUCAUCAAUCACAAUCCAAUUUGUUGGUCAAUCAAGAAUGCUGUGGCCUGAAGGCAUAGGCUCACGGGGAAUGAAACUAAUGCACGAAAAGAAAAUCCAUGAGCAAGAACUGGUGUUAAUGUCUGCUCAAGAUGAUCAGAUCAAACAAAUUCUCGGAAUCGGCUUACACCGUUGGCCAUUUGAGUUUUUACUCCCGAACAACCUGGCCGACACAAUUGAAGACGAGAUGGCCAAGACGAACUACAGUCUCCAGGUGAUGGUCAACAGGCCAAACGGACAGAGCAAGCUUCGUUGUAGACGCAAUGUUCUAGUACUCAGUACAAUGUCUUCCUCAGACGCAUCACUCGAGUCUCACUCGCUACCCAGCCCUUCCAUAACAACAUCCCGACAUAUGGACCUGUGCGACGUCGCAUUAUGUGUCGAGACAUCGAUUGCCUCGUCAGGCACUCUUUUUCCGAUCACGCUUACCGUCAAUCCCAACACAAAGCAAGUUCACCUCGAGUCCUUUUCGGUUAUUCUCAACGAGCGCCGAGUCUAUCGACUACCAGAGUAUGAUGUGCGAAGAUCCGAAGAGAACGACUUCAAGGUCAAACUGAGCACGGCCACUAGUAUGAUUGACCCUAGUCUGGCCAUUGAGGAUGUGUCAAUGACUCAGCUCAGACGGGUGGUCUCCACAAAAAAUGCCCACAUUAAGAUCGGUGCCAAUUCAUUCCAAUAUCGGUUCAUGUUUACGUUACCCAACUGCGUCGAAGUAAAUCACAGCACAAAUUUUCACGAGAUUCUGAUUCGCCACCGGCUAAGAAUCCAAAUCGAGCUCACGAAUGGAGAUGAAGAGCGCAGAGAAGUCUAUUUUGAAGUUCCUAUUACGAUUCUUGACUGCAGACUCAAAGAAGACUACUCGAUUCUGCCGACAUAUGAAGAAGCGCUGCUGAACCCAGCAUUUGAUGAAGAAGGCGAGAAGCCGGGUGGAUUCUUUGUUUGUCCAUGUUAUCUGGCCUACCAGAAGAAACGGCGAGUGAACGCCAAACAAGAGUGGAUUGCAUUCCGCAACAGCUCACACAAACAAAAUCACGCACAGCCUCCGCCUGCGUAUGAUGAGCAUACACAAGACUAAGCAGGAUAAACGAAGAAGCGUAGACAAACACGCAAACACAUACACAAACAUGUAUAUAUACAUAUAAUUACUUAUGCUCUUCUUGAUGCAACCUUGUUUGUAGCCAAGCAACCCAACCCAUAUACUCUCUGCAUUACAUUACACUACAUUACAUUACACUAUAAUACACUACACUACACUAUACUAUACUACAUUACAAUACAAUACAAUACACUACACUAUACUACACUACAUUACAACAUCAUUCAAUCUCUCACUCCUCUAUGUAAUUCUUAUUUAUUAUUACUCUUCUUAAUAGCUGUUAAUCACUUCACUCUUUUGUAAAUAAAAAUAUUAUUUUUUUUCGAAAUACAUUUCAAAUUGGAGCAUGUAUGUUAUGGUUUUAUCAUACGACGAAAAAUAAAUCAUUAAAAUAAAUAAAUCAACAUCCGUAAAACACCGAUGAAAUAAAUCAAUAUUC